CGCGCUAAAUACGAAGUAUUAAAGCUUCAAUUUAUUAAUUAAAAUCUUGCUGACUGUGGAUUUAACCAAUCAAUCGGUUUUUAAUUACAGAACGUGUAUUUGCCGCACGCGUCUCUAAGCUUUGAAAUUCUUUGAAAUUGCAUUAUCAGACAUGUAUGAAAAAUCUUAUGGCAGUCUUCUCGUUUCGAAUUCUAAAGUUUCUUUUAUGAAGAAUUUUUAUGAGACAUAAGCUCUGUGUCCUUAUAUAACAGCUUUUAAAAUUUAAAAAGAAAGGAAAAAGAAGGAACACUGUUUAAAAAUGUAUGACAUAUUUCUCACGGAGGAUGUGCAUAAGCUUGUGAAAAGGAAGACGAUUGUUUUCUUAGGCGAUUCAAAUGUUAGAGCUUUGUAUAAAGACUUUCUUUGCCUUCUGCAGAAUUCACAUUACAUUCCACAAUCUGUACUAAGAAAUAAAAUGGAGAAUACAGUCUAUGGAGAUAAUUUAAUUUAUCAUGGCAGAAAAACAAAUGGCCGCUGUUACAGAGAAGAGCGUGAAGCUUUAUUUGACAAUACUUGUGUGUCUUUUUUCUUCUUAACCAAAGUCUAUGAUGAUUAUGUAGAAGAUGUCUUGAAAAGAAUUACCAGAAGAUCAAAACCAGAUGUUAUAAUCAUAAAUAGUUGUGUUUGGGAUAUUACUAGAUGGGGAUGUGAUGGAGUGUAUAACUAUAAAAAAAAUCUUAAAUUCUUGAUGAAAGAAUUCAGGAGACUCAUACCCAGGAGCUUAAUCAUUUGGAUCACAACACCUCCUUUAGCUGCAGAAAUGAAAGGAGGUUUCUUAGUGAAAGAACUCCAAUUUCUAAAGUAUUCACUGAGAUUUCAUGUUGUUGAAGCAAACCAUUUUGCCAGAAAAGUUGUUGUUGAUAAUGGAUUUGAUAUCCUUGAUACUCAUUUUCACCUGCAAAUGCAGAUUCAUCGCAGAAGUCAUGAUGGCAUUCACUGGGAUCCCAAGGCUGUACGUUACAUAACAAAUUUAAUCCUCAGACAUAUUAGUCUUUCUUGGGAUGUACCUCUACCACAUAGAUACAAAUCAACUAUAGUAGAUGAAAAUUUAAUGGCUACUGAAGACGCUAAGAACCUUGGGAUCAUAAAAUUAGAAACAAAGAAAAAUGCUGUUGAUAUGAAGGAAAUUCAUUCUAAGAAAUCAGCUGAUCCAAAAUCUAGUGAGAAAAUUCAAAAUGCAGUGGCUGUGGUGAUUAAGCAAGAAGAUUCCAAAAAGAAAAGAAGAGCUUCGAUUCAAUUAUAUAGAGUGCCCAAAAGAGAAGAGAGCAUUCAUAAUCAUAUGGCUAGAGCAGAUAAAAAGGCUAGAUGCAAGCGGAUUCAUAAAUGGAAGCAGUCUGUUUUAGGUGAUUCUUCACAAUCUUCUCUUAGCUUGGAUCGUAAUUCAUGUGUAAGGAAUAGUAAACAAGAUCAAAGAUCUGCUUAUGAGGCAAAUCUUUCUAACUCGUUUCAGUCCAAUCAGCAAAACUUCAAUCUUGUUACUCCCUCGACUCCAAUGCAUAAUUCUUUAAAAAAGCCAUUUAGAAAAUCUCUUCAUCAUAAUAUUUCACUGAUAACUAGUCCCAGUCAAAUACCUCUCCCACCAUACAGCCCUGGUUAUCAGCAAGAUAGUAAUAAUUAUAUGCAAAGUGAUGAAUCUGAACCAUUAUUAUUCAAUAGAUCAAAUGAUUUUGAUUUCACUCUGAUUACUAGUCCCAGCCAAAUACCUCUUCCACCAUAUAGUCCUGGUAAUCAUCAUCAUCAUCAUGGUGACUAUAUGCAAAGAGAUGAAUCUCAACCUUUACUAUAUAGUAAUAGAUCGGUUCAUUUUGAUUUUCCAGUGAUUACUUGCCCAAGUCAGAUACCUCUACCUUUCUUUCAGCUUGAAAAUGUUCCUUCACAAAGGCAUGUUUUUGGUUAUGAAGCAUCUAGUAGGUCUAUGCCCGAUUUUGUAAACGAUGGAAAUGGAGAAUCUUCAUGUUCUCAGCAUGCUUUUUUAAAUCGGCAAUCUGUGCAACAUAACAGAAUAUAUGAAACAGCUAAUAAUUCUGUUGUGCCUCACAAAUUUCCACAUGCUACUCCUGAACAGAUUCUUCAACCCAAAUUUGAUUUUGUUAAUGAUGAAAUACCAGAAGUUUACUAUUUCUAGAAUGUUAAAUUCAAGAAAACUUUAUAAAAUUAUAGAAACUUGAACCUUGUAACACUUAUGUACAAGGGAGUUUAAGAAAUUUUGUUUGUAAACUUUAUAUAUAAUCUAGAUUAGCAAAUGAAUCAUUACAGCAAUCAUUUCCAAGGGCUGAAAAAGCUUUAUAUUUUACCUUUUCAAAAUUAGAUUUAUAUAUUCUUGCAUUAAAUAUGUAUAGCUGAAGAUAAUAAUGUAAUGACUUUCCUUUUCUUUUUAUGAGAUAAACUAUAAUAAUAUUUUAGAAAGAUUAAAUGUCAGUUUUUAAGAAAAAACAAUUUUUUUGAAAGACAUUUGGAAUAAAGAGAAAUAGAGAAAAUAAAAACUCAUUCUCAUUCUAGAUACCUUGAUCCAAGUUUGAAUUAAUGCAGUUCAAAAUAUUUGGUUCAUAACUAAAUUAACGUUGAAUGUUAAAUAUUAUAUUGUAAUAUUAAAUAGAUAUCUAAAUUAAA